GGAAUCGUUUGCCCACCAUGGGCUCGAAAGGAAAGAGUUAAUUUCAGGUACCGCCUCUCUGUGGGCGGAGCUAUUGCAGGAAGAAUGCCGGGGAGUUCCAUGACGCUGCUGCAGCUAUUCCUCUAUUGAGCGCCAGGACGGAACCUCUUCCGUCCCAUCCAAGCCAUGUCUGUAGGCUCCAGUCUCGUGAGGAUGAGCGUCCUCUUCCGGUCACGCCUUCUGAUGUUACUGGACCACCCGCAUCGCGCUGUCCACGCCUCCUGUGCUGCCUUCGCCGGGCACAACAAAUGGUCCAAGGUCAAAAAUAUUAAGGGUCCGAAGGACGAAGCUCGGGCCCGUGUCUUCCAGAAGCUUACCAUGUUGAUCCGACUGGCUGUAAGAGAAGGCGGACCCAACCCGAACCUGAACACGAAUCUCGCCAAUGUUAUUGAGCAGUGCCGCAGCAAGAGCAUGCCCAAGGCCUCCAUCGAAGCAGCACUCACCAGCGGGGAAAAAAUCAAAUCGUCCUACCUGCUGUAUGGCGUGCGAGGCCCUGGCGGCUGCACCCUACUAAUUGAGUUGCUGACGGACAAUACGAAAAGGUCCUUCAAUGAAAUCCGGCAUCUUCUGAACAAACACGGGGGACAACUUGUCGACGGGGCCCAACAUAGCUUUGAGAAGAAGGGCGUUGUCACGGUGAGCAGCGAGGACCGGUCCGGCAGCGCCGUCACCUUGGACCAGGCCCUGGAGCUGGCUAUCGAAGCUGGAGCGGAAGAUGUCCAAGAGGAGGAAGAUGAGAACGAGAAGAUGCUUCUGAAGUUCGUUUGCGCUGUGCCGACAUUGCGCCAGGUCCGUGAGAAGCUCGACUCGCUGGGCCUCUGUUCCGUCUCUGCCGGCCUCGAGUUCAUCCCGACCGUCAGCGCCCAGUUAUCGGACGAGGAGAUGAAUCGGGCGUCGCAGCUGCUGGAGGCUCUGCGGGACAACCUGGAUGUCGUCCGCGUGUACGACAAUAUUGUAUAGAUUGAUGAGCCUCCCUGAAGAACCUCUCUUGGCGUCAGAAGACCGCUAUAAGCUGUGGCCUGAUGUGCACCAUGUCAGAAGCUUUGCUGCGAGGUCAAAUCUGAGGUGCCUUUUCUGAGCAGUUAAGGGUGGCAGCCAGGAAUGAAGGUUACUGUGCUGCUGCUGGACUUUUCUCUCAUA